AUGUGGAAAAUGAAAUGGGUAGGAAUAGUAUACCUCAUCAUUCAACUCUAUAUAUCAAAAGCUUUCGAUGAAAUUGAAGAAAGAUCUGUUCAUGGCCCAGAAGAAAAUUCGUGUGUGGAAGUAAGAGCUGUAUUCAUCAACUGUGAACCUGAGGAAAGCGUAGCUUCCGACGCUGAAUCAGUGCGUUUCGAACGAGAAGAACUAUUCAAGCAUAGUGUGCUGCGCGACUGCAACAAGAAAUUAGCUGUGACUGUCAAAAUAACAAGCGAACCUACUACGAGUUCAGGUGAUGAAUACUUACCCAUUGAACACGUAUUUGAGGGAACAAGCAAGAAGCGGAUACGUCUCCUAGACCCGUAUAUACUGCGACUUCGGAGAGAACUACCACUCCAGGCUUAUAAGCUACGCCGGGUCGAUACUAUAAGCGGUGUUUUGUUAGACACUGAUGAUGAACCUAUUAGCGGGAAAAACUUUAAACAUUCAAAAAAUCGUAUUGAGCGGGAUGUAAGUCAUUUAAGGAAAGAAAAAUGGACGGUAAAUCAUAAAGUUUAUCUGCAAACCUACCCUGCUACUCCACUCGCUUUAAGUGUUCAACCGCUGGAAUCUGCCACACUCUCUGUGACGUCUGCUGCUUAUCAAGCCAGGAGUUGUGUUGAUAAUUAUAAGUAUGCCAAUGUUGUAAACACGACGUUGGUCAAACGCAGCAAGCGCAGUGAACAUAACAUUGUGGUUGAAGAAGUCAGUGACGAUAAACAAUGGGAUUCGAAAAAUGGGUUCUAUCACAUAUCGGAACCGGACAGAGGAAGAGAGAUGCAGGGAAUCGAUGAUGAUAUUGUUGAAAGAACAGCAAACAUUAUGCAUGAAAAAGAAACACCAGAAAUGUUCGUCACUAAGUCAUUAAGUAAUGAAAUUUCUAAAGCUGAUGAGAGAAGUCAUCUGAAAAAAGUAAUUCGUUCAAAAAUUUCAAAUUUCAAAGAAAACGAAUUAAAAUCGGGAAGAAAUAAAUAUUCCGAAAAACACAAAACAAGCCCUUUAUCUCCUAGAACUAAAGAAACUAAAGCUCCUGUAACAAAGAAGCGAUUUGAAGAUAAAUAUGAGGAAAAUCUAGAAUCGAAAGAAAAGGAUGGAGAAUCUGAGAGAGACUAUGCUGUUUACGAGAUCGGCCAUCCAGAGCUGUGGUACACAGUGCACGUGCAGCUGUUUGAAAAAUUAAGUACGCCUGACGGAAAAACUGUAUGGAAUGACUUGACCAAAGGCGAGCUAGCAAGUGUAAGUUCCACGUCUCCUGAAUGGACUGGGCAGGAUCUAAACGUCCGUUAUCGUCCUGCUGAGUGGAUACCCAGAGACGAGUUUUCUUUGCCAUCCAGCAGCCUAUGCCUUCUAGCACCUAUUCGUUCAGGAGAAGCCUCUGCUUAUAACGAUAACGGCACUAAGCUGAAUGGUGACUCUGACGACGAAGGCUACAUCGUUCUCCCUGAAGAAGACGUAGUAGGGUUGAAAGAUGAUGAUGGAAACAUUAACCGACACAAUGACAACAACUCCGAUUCUGAAUACAUUUCGAGGUCUGAGGAGCAAAGGGAACGGGGUCGCCGAAGAGUGGUCGUGCGCACAUCUAGAGCGUUACUCACUGGAAAGGAGGAAAAAGUCAACAUUGCAUGCCAGGGUGCUAACAAAUACCUAACAAUACCACAUCGACGGCCACAUCAUGCUCAGAUUGAUUUAGAGGCACGAGCUGAUGAGAAUGAACUCGUUCGUGUCGGUGCAUCGGGGCGAAUUGCAAUUGCUGUUGCGGAUAGCUCUCGUAAAACACGGACGGUUAUUACGCUUCAAGUCGGAAACACGGGAUUAGCUGCUGCCCGGUUCAGGGUCAUCACGCGAGACUGUGGACCAGCUUUGUCUGAUCUGAUAAACGAAAAAAAUAAAGUGACAAUGGCGGGGCCGGUGCUGAUCCCUCCGCGACAUACACGGACUCUGAGGUUGGAGUUGCCUAUUGAGAUUCCUGUGGAUGUCGCUCAAUGUUCAGUAUCAUUGGUGAACGAUGAGGAAAAAUCCGUAGCAGUAAGAGAAGUGUCUGUGAAAAAGGGAGAUCGAUGUUUUUGCGUGUGGCACUGUGACUGUGUCUGUCUCACUGAUGAUCCCAGGUUACUGUGCCGUGAAAUGGCAGAAGCUCGUCAAUCAGCUGCUGGCCUCUCCAAUCGUGAUAGAACUCGACAUGCUCGGUCAGCUUGUUACAAAGACGUGGUCACGCUCAACAUAUUUAUCAUCUUUACAGGCGUUAUUGUGGCGCUUUUGUUGCUAGGUUGCAUAAAGGCGAUUUUGGGUCUAAUCUUCAGUUGUAUUGGAAUGUGGGGCUUAGACCAGAUGGUGCAGCUGCCGCGAAAAAUCGAUCGUUAUUAUGAAGGAAAUCUUCGGUGUCGGCCAGUUGAAUACGACUGCGAAGGAUACCCUAUCCACCCUGACUCCAGAGAGAGGACCGUUCGUAUGAUAAGCAGAUCCGUGGAAUUUAUCCUCAACGUGAUAUUCUUUGUCAGCGUCCCUUGCAUUAUCAUAUGUGAUGCGAUCAAGGAAAUGAUUUCACGUUGCAGAAACCAGUGCACACAAAACCCUUGUUGUACGUCGACCUCCAAGAACGACACUAAAAAGUGUUUUAGCAGCCAGGACAUGCAGGGGAUGGCGGCGCUGCGGUGGCGGCGACGUCGCGGUGGCCUACGUAGGUGGAUGACACCUGAGGCACAAGAACUCUCCAAAGAGCUUUGGAAGCAAGGCCUCACACCGAUCAAAUGUGAAUUUAUGCGACCCCUUUUGCGCGAUGGUCGACACAUCGACUCCGCUACGCAACGAGAACAGCACGACGACUCGUGCGUGGAUUCUGAGCAAGACGACACCGAUUAUGUUCUCACGCAGAUGCAAAAAAGUAGAGAGUCACUAUCGAUAUUGAAGCAAAAGUCAAAACCGUGA